AUGACCCUCCUCGUUUCCGUGCCGCUCUCGCCAAGUCGACCUCCCGUCGCUCUUCCACUCGCCCCUGCCAUCACCCACCUCGUCGCCACCACGCUCGCCUCGAAUAGCCCUCCCAUCUCGUCACUCCCCUCGUCUCCCCACCUACUAUCACCCAUCCCAGGAAAACCCUCUUGUCGCCCUCCUUCUCUCCCCUACCAUCACCAACCUCGUCACCCUCGCGCUGGUCCCGAAACGCCCUCACGGCGCCCUUUCUCACUCCCCUUCAGUCACUCACCUCGUCGCCUAUGUGCUCGGCCUGAAACGCCCACGUCGUUGUCCGUUACGUCGCCCUCGCGAUCUCAUCACCCACCCCAUCGCCACGCGCUCGCACGAAACGCCCUCUCGUCCCUAAACCCGAUUUCCCCUCCCAUCGCCCACCUCGUCGGCUUCCGCGCUCGCCCCGAAAUGCCCCCCCGUCGCCUUUCUUCUUCCCCCUCCCAUCACCCACCUCGUUGCCUACGCUCUUGCUUUAAAACGCCCUCAACAUGUCCUUCCUUCCCUCCCCUCCCAUCACCUGUCCCGUCGCCUUCGCGCUCUCCCCGAAACGUCCUCACAUCACCUUUCUUCCUCUCCUUUCCUAUCACCCACCUCGUCGCCCUUGCGCUUGCCUCGCAUCGCCCUCCCGUCAGCCCUCCUAACUCCCUUCCCAUUACCCGCCUCGUCGCUCUCGCGAUCACUCCGAAUCGUCCUCCCGUCGCCUUGCCUCUCUCCCUUUCCGCUCACGUCAUCCCCUCCCAUCGGCGUCGCGCUCACGUUCUCACCUUCCCCCGCCAUCGCAUCACCGUCGCGCUCAUGGUCUCCCCUCCCAUCACCUUCGCGCUCAGAAACUCCCCUCCCUUCUCCCAAGCACCACACAUUAUCCCCUCCCCUCGCCAUCGCGCUCACGUUGCCCGUCUUCGCAUCGCCUUCGCGCUCAUGGUCUGCCCUCCCAUCACCUUCGCACCCAUGGUCUCCCCUCCCAUCCCCCUCGUGCUCACCUCUCGCUUUUUACAGAAGGCUCGGGCGCUGCCAAUGCAAGUGUUUGGCUCUGCGUUUGAUCAUUUCCUCGAUGUCGAAAUGAGAAUGUGA